AUGUUUUUGCGAUACCUGAAACAUGAGGCGGAAAUGUACCUGAAGGAGCUGGUGGACGCCGUCGUUGUGAGUGUUCCGGCUUUUUUUACGCCGCAGCAGAAGGUUGCCACUGAGGACGCUGCUUUGGCGGCGGGCUUCGACGUGCUCGAGGUGAUUGAUGAUCUCAUCGCGGCGUGUCUAACGCACACCGCCCUACGCCGCGAUGAGGAGGAGGGUGCGGCGAAGCAGAGACCUCAUUCCAGGCAGCGUGUGGUGCGAUCGCUUGUGUUUGACUUGGGCGGCGGCACGCUGGAUUGCGCCAUCAUGGAGCAUAAUCAAUGCAGUGGCGUCUUUACACUUGUUGCCACGCAUGGCGAUCCGCUUCUUGGCGGCAACGUCUGGAAUGCGGUGCUGUCGCAGCAUUUUUUGGAGCAGUUUAAGCGCAAGUGGCGGGUCCCACUCGAGGAUGCUGAGGGAAAUGUGGGCCAAGGCGUGGCCACCUACCGUCAGCUCCUCGAGGCAGGGAAGGAAAUGAUUCACUUGACCCAUUCCAUUGAGCUCUACUACGGCUAUAACCGUGCCUUUCACUUUUCUGAAAGAUUGCGUGAUAUUGUGCCUCUUGAGGCGUCUUUGACACACGAGGAGUAUGUUGCGCUGACGCGUCCUGUGCGCGUCCGCUGCAUAGAGUGCCUGAACAAGCUCUUUGGCCACACCGGGGUUCAAGUGAGGGAUAUUGAUAACGUGCUGCUGGCGGGCGCUAUGACGCAGGAUCCGCCGAUUCGACAUAUGCUGUCGGAGUAUUUUGGGCGCCCCAUUGCCCCAGAGAGCACCUGCCCAGCCGACUAUGCGGUCGCUAUUGGCCCUGCCAUUCGUGGGGCAAUGCUACAGGGCAAGUUUAAUGAUUUAUCGGCCAACACACGCUUUGUAAGCGGUACCGCGCAGGCCAUGCGGCACGGCGGUCGAAUCCGUCGUCUUUGGAAUCGCAUGAAUACCUGA